AUGUCUAUAUCUUCAGAAAUAUCCAAUGAAUUUGGAGAAUGUGAAGAAGAAUUUGAAGAUACAACUAUUGGUUCAUCAAUAUUAGAAGAUGAAUGUAGUGAGGAGUUUGGUGAAAUUGAUGAUGAAGAUGAUGACAAUAAUGAAGAUUCAUUUAAUUCAGAAUCAGAUACAAAAGUAACUAUUAACUUAAUUACUCCACAUAAAAAUGAAAUUGCUUUAGAGGAAACAGUAAGUUUAUGUUUAAUAAAUGAUGAAGAAAGUAUAGAUGAUGAGUCAAUUUUUGAUACUGAAGAAGAUAAAAGUGAAACAUUAAAUGAAGUAUUAAAUUCAAAUACUGAUAAUUAUAAAUUAAUUAAUAAUAAUUCUGAUAAUAAUAAAGAAAAUAAAGAAGAAUCAAAACAACUAUUUUCAAAAUAUUCAAUUUUAAAUACGGGAAGUAAUGAAUGUACAAAUAAUCAACAAAAUAGCAAAAAUUUGAUUUCAAAUAAUAUUAAAACUAAUGAAUCACUAAAUGUGAAUAUUGAUAAACGUGAGGAAGACAUAAAUGAAAUGAAUGAUGAAGAAGCAAAUGAAGAAGAAGAAGAAGAAGAAGAGGAAGAUGAAGAAGAGAAUGUUAACUGUGCAAAAAGUAGUAUUUCAACUGCUAUAUUUAAUUAUAUUAGAUGGAGCAAAGUAAGUAAAAUAGAUGAAUAUGAUUAUGUAUUUCAAAAAAAUUCUGAUGAAGAGGAGGAAGAAGAAUAUGACGAAGAAUAUGAUGAAGAAGAAGAAGAGGAAGAAGAAGAAGAUGAUGAUGAUGAUGAUGAAGAAAUAGAAGAAGAAAGUUUAUCACCUUCUUUCAAAGAAAAAUUAAAUAAAGAUCUCAAAAUACCACACAAUAUAAAUAUUUUGGAAAAGAUAGAUAAAACAUUAAAAAAUACUUUAUAUAAUGAUAAUAAGUGUGAUUAUAAAAUUGAAAUGGAAGCGGUUGAUGAUGAUGUAAAACCAAACAUUGAUAAAAGAUUAAGUGGUAAUUCAAAAAUAAAUCCUGAAAAAUGCAAUAAAAAUGAUAAUGAAGUGUCGCUAAAAAAUUAUACUGAAAAAACUGUGAAUGAUAAUAUUGAGGUAAAUAAUUAUAAGGAUACUAUUGAUGUCUCUUAUACAUUUCCAACAUCAUUUUUCUCAAAUAAAACGUUAAAUGAAAUUAAUAAUGACAAUGAAUGUGAUAUUUAUGAUGACUAUGACGAUUUGCGAAAUAGUCUUAAAAUUGAAAAUGAAAUACUUUAUGAAUUGUUGUUUGGAUGGUUAAUAAAAAAAAUUAAAAAGUUAAAACAAAUUGAAGGAGAAGUAGAUAUAAAUUAUUUUAAAACAUUAUUUGGUGAAAAAAUGAAAGAUAUUCAGAAAGACUAUCCAAAUGCAUAUGAUAAACUUUACACAAUAUGUAUGGAAAAAAUUAAAAGCAUAAUUGCUGAUGAAAAAUAUUAA